CCAUGAAGAUUUCAAAUGAGUUGUGUCUAUUGUUCAUUGUUGGAAUCAUCACGAUGGUUAUCGCAAUGCCAGCUGAUGGAAAUCGUAUCGGAACGUGCAUAAGAAACUGCGCUCAGUGCAAGAAAAUGUUCGGGCCGUACUUCGAGGGUCAAUUGUGUGCAGACACAUGCGUCAAGUUCAAGGGAAAAAUGAUUCCGGAUUGCGAGGACGCCGACUCUAUUGCACCGUUCAUCGUACCACUCGAGAACGAG